AUGGCAGCCAAAGUCGUCAUGAACGCCACCAUCCCCCUUCACCCUUACCACCCGUUGGACGCCUCUUUGCCUGGGUAUGCCGAGAACAAACUUGAUGCGUUGGCCAUUUGCUCUGCGUUCGCCGCCGGCACAAUCACCAUUCUCGCGCCGACGUACAAGAUCAUCCGGCGGUCCAACCCGAGCCUCCCCAAUGGAGAGCUCGCGACGGCGUUGUGGUUUGUCCUUUGCGGCUUCAUCCACUUCUUCUUUGAAGGCUACUUCGCCUACAACCAACACCGCAUGCCAGCCAUGACGGACAUUUUCGGCGAGCUCUGGAAGGAAUACUCCAAAUCCGACUCGCGUUACCUGACGCAGGACUCCUUCCUCGUGCCCAUGGAGACCGUCACCGCCGUGUUCUGGGGUCCCAUGUCGUUCAUGUGCGCCUACUGCAUCGUCAACAACCACCCGCUGCGUCAUCCUCUGCAGAUGAUCAUCAGCCUCGGCCAGUUUUACGGGGACGUUUUGUAUUUUGGCACAUGCACGUUCCAGGAGAUCGUCAACAAGCUGGUGUACUGCCGGCCCGAGAGCUUCUACUUUUACGGAUACUACGUCUUUAUGAACGCCAUCUGGAUUGUCAUUCCGUUUUUCCUGCUCGUCAGGAGCGUGCUGGCAGUCAAGAGGGCGUUUGCCAAGGUUGCGGAGCUGGAGCGUGUGCCGUCCAAGAAGAACAUUUAA